AUGGCUGCUGCCACGGUCAGCGCGAUGCCCCAGCCCGUCAAGAGAGACCCUUUCCCUGCAGAUGGAACCGUCGUGGGAGGCGUUUCGCAUCGUCCUUUCAGGAUCAGGAGACAGGCAGCAGCCCCAGCAACCCCUCAAGGCAACCAAAUCAUCCCGGUGGUAGUCGGCGGUCCGCAGGACACUUUCGUCCCGAACUUGAUUCAGGCCCAGGUCGGCGAUAUCGUGCAGUUCCAGUUCAGCAACGGCAACCAUACCGUGACACAGAGCGCUGAGGGAGCCGCAUGCCAGCCUCUGCAGGCGACAAACGCCGGCGCCAUUCACAGCGGCCACAUCCCGUACCAGGACGGCCAGGCCAUGGUCGGGACCUUUAACAUGCCCGUCACCAGCACCGCGCCGAUGUUCCUGUACUGCGCCACGGGACCGCAUUGUCAAGAAGGCCAGGUCAUGGUGAUCAACCCCACAUCCGCGACCCAAGUCGUUCAGUACUCCAAGCUAUCGGCGGCUUCACAGAAGAGCGUUGACGGAACCACGGUUGCCGGUGGCGCCGUUGGGCAGAUCCCCCUAGCGAACGCGGCCUUUGUCCCGGCACCGGCGAAAGCGGGCGGCGCCGGUGGUGGCGCGCCUCCUGCCGCUGCCCCUGCCGCACCAGCAGCUCCCGCCGAAUCUGCCACCCCCGCCGAAUCCGCCGCUCCAGCCGCUCCCGCCGAAUCCGCCGCUCCCGCUGCCAACCCUGCCCAAGAUCCUGCUGCUGCUCCCGCCGCCCCUGCGGCGUAG